UAGUAAGCUUUAUUGGUUAAAUUAAUUUCCAUAUCAUGACAUUUAAUAACUGGUAUCUGUUAUAUGUUAAGCAUCUGGAGGCUAUUAUGGACAAUAUGAUGGAAGUUCUCAAUGGGAUAGAGAGCAAGAACUUCACUGUUGUUGGACCAGUGUUUGUGAACCACUUACUACGUAUGAAUGCCGAUGAAAGAGUUUGGUCUAAGGAAAAGUUCUUAAGCAAGUUUGAUUGGUCUGGCGUUGAAAAGGAAGAUAACAAAGGAGGAAGAGCAAAUAAAAGAAGAAGAAAAAAGAGAAAUCUUCCGUGAAACGCAGGAGAGGCGCAUAGUCCUUCCCCAAAUCCAACGCAAAUCCCAAGAAUCCUACUCCAAAUUGAAGAUUCCAAACUCCACAAUUAUAAAAGGAGACAAAAGCCACAAGAAAAAUCAUCUUCUUCAAAUAGAAAAGAAGAUCGGAG